UACUGACAUCAUUGAUCAUUGUGACAUUUUUGUAAAUUUUAUUUGUCGUUUCUUUUUGAAGUAAAUUGCGAAACCAAAUAAUUUCUGGAUAUUGUUUGUUUCUUAAUAAAUUUUGUUAUAGAAGAUUGCAAAUCGUUUGCAACAUUUCUUUGUUAACGUAUUUUAAAUAGCCUACGUCAAAAUUCCUCCGGCUGCAGUAAACGAAGGUUCUUCUCUCCGAACUACUGAUCGGUGGUCGGAGAUGUUGACGGCAUGUGAGGCCAGCGAAGUAAUAGCGUUCCUAGAGGGACGCGACGCUCCCGAUGCCUUCGUGGGGCUAUACAGCGCCGUGCGGGAGCCCUGGCUGGCGCGCGGCCUGCUGCAGUACCACGCGCGCACCGGCUCCGCGCGAGCGCUCGACCUGCUGGCCCGCGCGCCCGAGGCCCACGCGCGCCACCUGCUCGACGCGCUGCUCGAGCAGCUGCGUGGCGAGCGGCCCGCCUGCCACCACGCGCUCGCCGCCCUGGCGCUGCUCGUGGCGCGCCGCCCCGUGUGGCUGCACCGCCUGCCCGCGCACGGCGCCGCGCGCGAGCUGCUGCGCGCCGCCCGCCGCGAGCGCGAGCCGCUGGCGCUGCUGCACGCGCUGCUCGCCCUCGCCGCGCUGCUGCCCGCCGAGCCCGCGCUGGCCGCCGCGCACUGGGCCGACCUCGCCGAGGCGCUGCUGCGGCCCGCCGCGCUCGAGCCGCCCGCGCCGCCCGUGCGCGACCACCUGCAGCUGGCGCAGCUCGCGCUGUUCCACGCGCUCUACGCCACCCACCCGUGCACGCUGCUGGAGACGCUCCGCGCGGAGUGCGCCGCCGCCACCGCGCGGGACGCCUGGGAGCGCGCGCUCGUGCCGCUGCUGCGCUCCGUGCGGCUGCACCCCGCGCUGGUGACGGGCUCGCGGCAGCGCGAGGCGGAGGCGGACCGCAAGACGCGCCUGGAGAUCCACGACGUGCUCGCCGAGACGCGGCGCCUGUCGCUGCGCGCGCGCGAGCCGCCCGAGGAGCGCGCCAGCCUGGCGCCCGCGCCCGCGCCCGCCGCGCCGCCGUCGCCCGCGCCCGGCUCGGGGGCGCAGGCCGCGCGCGCCGCGUCCGCGCUGCGCCCCGGCGCCGAGCCCUGGUUCCCGCUCGCGGACCGCUGCGGCGCCGAGUCCGCGCCCAACACGCCCCUGCCGGCGGAGCCCGAUCCCGCGGAGCCGCCCGAGGCCGCCGUCGAAGCGACCCCCGAGAACACCCCCGCCAAAGAGACGCGGACGCAAUUUCGAUUUCCCAACGAGUCGGCCGCGGUUCGAGCGAUAGGGCGCCGCUCCCAACCGCCGUCGCCGCUGCGCAAGGAGACCUCCCCGCCGGCGGGGGGCGGCGGGUCGGGGGGGUCGGGCGGGUCGGGUGGCGAGGCGUACGGCGGCCGGCUCGCGCGGGUCGCGCUCGAACGGCGCGCCGCCGAGUCGCCCGUCGCGUUCGGCGGCGGCCCGCCGCCCGCCGGGGCCGUCCCGCGCCCCGAGCCGAACCGCGCCACGGUCUCGCUCGGCAUGGACACCGAGCCGCUGAACGUCGAGGACAGGGAAGUGUCCGAGCUGACGAAGCGCGCCAACGGGGAGGUGGCGUGGCCCGCCGCGGAGCGCGCGGCGCCCGAGGCGCGCGACCCGCGCGCGGGGCGGGAGGGGGGCGCGGCGCUGGGGGCGCGGCGCGGCCGGCGCGCGGGCCGCAGCGCCACGCCGCCGCGCCGCGCCGCGUCGUGCGCGCCCCGCGCCGCCGCGCGCACCUCCAGCGUGGCCGUGCAGACGGUGGACGUUUGGCCGGCGCCCUACGAAUUCCUCAUCGCCGAUUUCUAUCGCUGCCUACCGGACGACGAACGGAAGCAGGUAUAAAAACUCAACGUGAACGUUUCACCCGGCGACCGACUGGACGCAUAUCUCAACGAGCUGUACUCCGGACGCGCGACGAGCGCCUCGCGCGACGAGCUCGCCGAGCAGCUCGCGCUCGUGCACGCGCAGCUCAUGUACGAGCGCUGGCGCCGCGAGGCGCACGCCGAGCGCAACCGCCGCCUGCUGGGCCGCUGCCGCGUCACGCGCAUGCUCGAGCUGCAGAACGCGGCGCUCAAGGACCGCCUGCGCGCGCUGCAGCGCGAGCGCGACGAGCUGGCCGCGCGGCCCCCGCCCGCCGCGCCGCCCGCCCCGCCCGCGCCCUCCGAGCGCGAGCUGCGCCUCGAGGCGGCGCUGCAGGCCGAGAGCGCCGCGCGCCUGCGGGCCGAGGCGGCGCUGCACGAGGCGCAGGCGCAGCGCGCGCAGGACGCCGCCGAGCUGCGGCGCACGCGCGGCGAGUCCUUCGAGACGGCGCGCCACGUGGAGGCGCUCGCGCGCGCCGCGCUGGCGGCCGAGCGCCGCGCCGAGCACGUGCGCCGCCUGCGCCGCGAGCUGCUCGUGCUGGCGGAGCGCGAGGCGCGGCUGAGCGGCGCCGUGCGCGCGGCCGCGGGCGGCGGCGCGGCCGGCGCGGCGGAGGCGGAGCGCGCGGCGGGCGAGGAGCGGGCCGCGCGCGCGGCGCUGGCGCGCGCCGAGGCGGACGCGGAGGCGGCGGCGGCGCGCGCGGAGGCGGCCGUGGCGCGCGCGCACGAGCUGGAGGCGGCGCUGGAGGCGCGCGACGCGGCGGCGGCCGAGCAGAAGCGCGUGGCGCGGCAGGCCGGGGAGGAGCACGCGGCCAAGAUGCGCGCGCUGCAGGACAAGUACGCGGCGCUGCUGCGCGUGGUGCGCGCGGAGGAGGCGCACAAGCUGGCGCGGCUGGCGGGCGCGGGCGCGGGGAGGGGCGCGGCGCGGGGCGCGGGGCGCGCGGCGGGCGGCCCGCCGGCGCUGGCCGAGUGCUCGCGCGUGCGGCGCCUGCUGGAGCGCGACGACGAGGCGUCGCCGGACCGCAGCUAGGGCGCGCCGGCCGCCCGCCCGGCGCCGGACCGCGUGUAUUCUCGAACUCGUCCCCGUCGCCGGGGAACCGUUACGUUUUCGCGGCGAUCUAUCGCGUCGACGGUGAAGAUUUCGUAACUAAAUUCGCUUUAAAUUAUUAUAGUAGUCGUAACUCGUAACGUUUCAUCGAAGCGCAGACGGGUGGCGGUCGACGCGACGGGGAGAGAGGUGUGAACGCUUUUUAGAUUAAGAUAUCGAAUAUAUAUAUAUUAUAUAUGUAUAUGGAUUACAAAUUAUUGUACACAUAUUAUUAUAACAUAGAAAAUGGAGACUUAUUUUCACCGUCGCUCACGCACGCCCGAUUCGAAAUGUUAUCGCGAAAUAAAAACGGCGGAAGAGCUGAAUUCGAUUUGAUAUUGAAAUGUUGUGCUCAGACCGUGGCCUCAGACCGCAGCACUGCAGCGGUGAAGUUAUCUUUAAAUAUAUAACAGUUCAGUCAUAAUUUCCAUAUACAUAAUUAAAACUUUUUUGGACCUGAGUUAAAGGUUUUUAAUAUUUGUGUGCUUUUGUGAAAGUUUUACGUCAGUGUGUGAGUUACUGCAGGUGAAAAUUAAUUUAAUUUCGUGUUAUUGACUUUUAAUGUGAUAAGAA